GGGGAGGGGGUGUUACGUAUAUCCGGCGAGUAGGUGGCGGUCCCGGGUGCUUCUGGGCUCUGUGCUCUGAGGGAGGGUCCAAGCCGCCUGCCGCCGCCGGAGGAGCCCCUUAGGCCAUUCGGGGACUAAGGCUCGUUGAGGCACAGUGAAUUGCCCAAGGCCCCGCAGAUAGCAAGUGUAGUAAGCAUUAAUAAUGUCUUUCAUCUUUGAGUGGCUCUACAAUGGCUUCAGCAGUGUGCUCCAGUUCCUAGGACUCUACAAGAAAUCUGGAAAACUUGUAUUCUUGGGUUUGGACAAUGCAGGCAAAACCACUCUUCUACACAUGCUCAAAGAUGACAGAUUGGGCCAACAUGUUCCAACAUUACAUCCGACAUCAGAAGAGCUGACAAUUGCUGGAAUGACUUUUACAACUUUUGAUCUUGGUGGGCAUGAGCAAGCCCGUCGAGUUUGGAAAAAUUAUCUCCCCGCAAUUAAUGGGAUUGUCUUUCUGGUGGACUGUGCAGAUCAUCCUCGACUCAUGGAAUCUAAAGUGGAGCUUAAUGCUUUAAUGACUGAUGAAACAAUAUCCAACGUGCCAAUCCUUAUCUUGGGUAACAAAAUUGACAGAACAGAUGCAAUCAGUGAAGAAAAACUCCGUGAGAUAUUUGGGCUUUAUGGACAGACCACAGGAAAGGGGAAUGUGACCCUGAAGGAGCUGAACGCCCGCCCCAUGGAAGUGUUCAUGUGCAGUGUGCUCAAGAGGCAAGGCUAUGGCGAGGGCUUCCGUUGGCUCUCCCAGUAUAUUGACUGAUGUUUGGACAGUGAAAAUAAAAGAGUUUUACUUCUCUGGA